AUGAGCGAGCGGGGCCGGGAGGCGCGCGACGGCGGCAAUUCCCGCCCCCCCCGCGGGAGCACGGGGCUGGCCGGCAGAGCGACAGCCGCGCAGACCAAUGGGGACGCGCAGCGCCGGGCGGGGCCCUACACGACGCUCCUCCGAUCUUUCCGUGGAGGAGGAGGAGGAGGCGCCGGAGCGGCCGCUGAGGAGGAGAUCAGCCCCGAGGAUGACCAGAGAGCCAACCGCACGCUGUUCCUGGGCAACCUGGACAUCACCGUGAGCGAGUCGGACUUGCGGCGAGCGUUUGACCGUUUUGGGGUCAUCACCGAGGUGGACAUCAAGAGGCCGGGGCGUGGGCAGACCAGCACCUAUGGGUUUCUUAAGUUUGAGAAUCUGGACAUGGCGCACCGGGCCAAGUUGGCCAUGUCAGGGAAGGUGCUGCUGCGCAACCCCAUCAAGAUCGGGUACGGGAAGGCCACCCCGACCACCCGGCUGUGGGUGGGCGGCCUGGGGCCCUGGGUGCCCCUGGCUGCCCUGGCCAGGGAGUUCGAUCGGUUUGGCACCAUCCGCACCAUCGAUUACCGCAAAGGGGAUUCCUGGGCCUAUAUCCAGUACGAGAGCCUGGACGCGGCGCAGGCAGCCUGCACCCACAUGCGGGGGUUCCCCCUGGGGGGGCCGGAUCGCCGGCUCCGCGUAGACUUUGCCGACACAGAGCAUCGGUACCAGCAGCCCUACCUGCAGCCCCUGCCCUUGCCGCCCCCGGCUCAUUACGAGCUGGUGGCGGAGGCAGCUGCUUUUGGGGCUCACAGGGGAGCCCCCCCUGACCCUCUGCGGGGGGCCCGGGACAGGACGCCACCGUUGCUGUAUAGAGACCGUGACAGAGACCUUUAUCCCGAGGCAGAGUGGGUGCCCCCGCCGCCCCCUGUGCGGGACCGGGGGAACCGGGCAGUCCCGAGGCAGACUGCCUAUGACCCACUGGAAAGCCUGGAGCGCCGCCGGGACGGGUGGUCCUUGGAGCGGGACCGCGGGGAGAGGGAGCUGGGCAGUAGCAGUAGGGAUCAGCCUAGGAAACGGAGACUGGCGGAGGAUGGAGGCCGCCACUUGGACCGUUCCCCUGACAGCGAGCGCUCCUCUUCCUCCCGAAAGCGCCACUGCUUGGCCACAACCUCUCCCCCGGACCGCAGCCCCGAGCUCCUGGGGGGCCGGGAGCGUUACAGUAGUGACCCCGAGCGCUCGUCCCGCUUGCUCCUCUUGGAGCGGCCUUCCCCCAUCCGGGAGUCCCGCCGGGGCAGCCUGGAGCGGGGGCAGAACGACAAGCGCGACCGCAAGAAUUCCGCGGAGCGGGAGCGCAAGCACCGGGCCGCCGCCGCCCAGGAGUGCAAAAGUCCGGCCAAAAAGGACGAGCGGGCGGCGGAGGGAGGCGGCGGAGGCUCCCGGCUCAAACCUCCUCCCCAGAAACAGCAGCAGGACGGAGCGGCGCAGGCCGGGGCGGCGCCCAAGCUGUGCCUGGCUUGGCAGGGGAUGCUGCUGCUGAAGAACAGCAACUUCCCGUCCAACAUGCACCUGCUCCAGGGGGACCUCGGAGUCGCCAGCAGCCUUCUCGUGGAGGGAGCCACCGGGGGCAAAGUGGCUCAGCUCAAGAUCACCCAACGUCUCCGUCUGGACCAGCCCAAGCUGGACGAGGUGAACCGGCGCAUCAAGGUGGCGGGUCCCAAUGGGUACGCCAUCCUCCUGGCCGUGCCCGGCGCCUCUGACAACCGCGCCGCGGCCGCCGCCGCCGAGGCCGCCACCACCUCCACGCAGAGGCCGCUCAGGAAUCUGGUGUCCUACCUAAAGCAAAAGCAGGCUGCUGGGGUGAUCAGCCUCCCUGUGGGGGGGAACAAAGACAAGGAGAACAGCGGGGUGCUGCACGCUUUUCCGCCCUGCGAUUUCUCCCAGCAGUUCCUGGACUCCACGGCCAAGGCGUUGGCCAAAUCAGAGGACGACUAUCUGGUCAUGAUCAUUGUCCGUGGGGCGUCCUAAGGCCCUCGUGUUCUGUUCCCAACCCUGCCUACUCCUCCAUGCAGCCCCUCCAGCGUGUGCCAGGUGCUAUGGGAUACAGCCUUAGCCAGCCCUGUCGUUAUUUUAAAUAGAUCUUUGUUUGUAGGUGACUUUCCCGGGCCGAUUUUCUGUUAUUACAUUUUUCUAUAAAGGUAGAAGCCAGAGAGGUUGGUUAGGAGUAGCGUGAAUAGGAUAUUUUGAGAAUUCCCUAUCAGUGGGGACAGCAGGAGGCUCAGCCUGCUUUGAUUUACAGAAAAUAGAAAAAUAAGAAAA